AUGACUUCAUCCGAGGAGUUCAAGAUCACGAAGCUCAAAAGCAAUGACUUUGACGAAUGGUCCACCCUCUUCAGAGCAUACAUCAACUUCUAUGAGACUUCAAUCCCCGAAGAUCAGUACAGGAGGACCUUUGAACGAAUUCUAGACUCUGAGUCGGACUUGUACGCCUUGGUGAUGAGACAGCAGCAAGCGGGCGACUCAAACGAUGGCAAGAUGAUUGCGAUUGCGCAUUUCUUCCCCCAGCAGACUCCGUGGAGCGAGAAGAACAUUAUGCUUUUGAAUGAUCUCUUCGUCGACCCGUCGCUAAGAGGAAAAGGCCAAGGCCGCAGGAUGAUUCAGGCUGUCGCCGAUGCAUCUAAGGAAAUGGGAUGCUUCCGCCUCCAGUGGCUGACGAAAAAGGACAAUGUGACUGCACGUCGACUCUAUGAUACGAUGGCCGAUGGAUCAUUUGUUCAGUACCGAAUGAGUCUGGAAUAG